AAAAUUCAAAACCUUAUUUUGGAUCAUCCUAAAGAACGCUAACCGAAAAGAAGGUGGCGACGAGUCCAAGAAUUAAUAAAACAUUUUUGGCAUCGCUGGAUGAAAGAAUGGUUACCCAUGCUUGGACCACGAAAAAAAUGGAAUAUCGUAAUGGGAAACUUAUCGAUAGGUGACCUGGUAUUGGUGCUCUUCGAAUACUUCAAGAGGCAUUUGGCCACUUGGUUGGGUAACUGGGGUUUUUCCUGGAAACAACGGGUUAGUACGUGUCGCUAGUGUUCAAGUUGGGAAGGUUAUCUUGAAACGUCCGAUAACCAAGUUGUGCCCUCUCGAGCCGAAUGAACCAGAAGAUGUUGACCAUUUGGUCAAAAGGGAGGAGUAUGUUCACGAGGCGAUUAGUGUAAAUAAUAGUUUAAUGUAAAUAAUAUAGUUGUAUUAUAAGCAUCUCUAAGCGUCAUAUAUUGACAUUAGAGAUUUCCUUUGCUAAUGAGGCAAUUAGCGAAUUUUGUAUAUAGAUCAUUAUAAGUUAGAAAAUACCUAUAAUAUCUCUCUUUGGGAAAUGUUAUAUGGUAUAAAUAAUCGUGUACAAACUUAUAAAGGAGUUAUAACUGGAGGAAUAACGUUUAUUUUAGUUAGAGAUUAACGUUAAAACCGAAAUAUAUAAUGCUAAAAUAAGUCAUGUUUUAUUAUUGGGUUUAAUACGUCCUACGCACUUUCACACGAACAGUAUGUAUGUAUGUAUGUAUGUAUGUAUAUAUGUAUGUAUGUAUGUAUGUAUGUAUGUAUGUAUGUAUGUAUGUAUGUAUGUAUGUAUGCUUGUAUGUGUGUAUGUAUGAAUGUAUGUAUAUAUGUAUAUAAUUUAGUCAAUAGUAUAUACGAUACAGAAGUUGUACUCUACUAUAAUUUAUGUUCAAAAUUUAAAAGUUCAAAUCUCCUUGCGGCAGAACUGUGUUUGGGUUGAUGUUUGCUUAACUGCAUUUUUUUUUGUUCCAGAUCCUCUUGUUGAUGACGGCGGUCGUGUCCAAAAAUUAUUAGUAUUAGAGAUGGAUCUGGAAUUGGAGCUGGGUCCAUUGUAUAAACUAUGGCUCUGGAGCAGAGUUAGAACUGCAAUUUAGUAAUAUUAGGCUUCGGAGCAGUAGCCGGAGCAAGACAACUUUAUAAUCGACACCUCAGCCCUGAAAAAGACAACUUUAUAACCGGUAAUUCAGCCCUAAAAAACAUUUGGUGACAAAUUUUUUAAUUUUCACACGAUUCUGAGGAGAAGUUUAUUACUACAUAAAUUAUGUUUACACAAAAGCAAUAAUGCUUUUUCUUUAUCUUAUAUAUCUUAUAACUCAUAUUAUAUAUUAUGGUUCUUUGUUUUAAAUAUUGUUUUAUAUAUAUAUAUAUAUAUAUAUAUAUAUAUAUAUAUAUAUAUAUAUAUAUUUAUAUAUAUAUAUAUAUCGCUACUGAUUUGGCAAUAACUCGUAUCUGACAUUUUUUUCAAAAUUGACGUUUUGGUAUCAUUGGAUUCGUAUUUUCAAGGAGAAUAUAAUUUAAUUGAGUCGUUUUAUGUAUAAUGCACCUAGAUCAAUAUGACGUCGAAAAAACGAGCACAUGCAAUGGUCAAUUUGGUUAAAAAUCCUUGUCAACAUGCACAAUAUAAUAAACUGUUUGAAGAUAAUUCCCCUGUGAAAAGUGAUGAGUUUAUGGCAUCUUUUAUUAAAGAUAAUGACAUCAAAAAUACUACAGCUAAAGUUUCCUGUUUUAAUAUAGACAUUGAAGGAGUUGAAAAGUUUGACAUUUUACAAAAUGCUAAAAUUUCUUGUUUGGAUAUAGACAUUGAUGCUAUUGAAAUGUUUGAAAUUGUAAAAACUGGUACAACUUGCAAUAAUAAUGGUGAUUGUAACACAAUUAAUAUUUUAGAAACUUCAACAGCUGAGCUAACUGAAGUUUCUUACACAGAUUUGAAUGUAGAUGAUAUUGAAGUAAAUAGUGAUAUUACAAAUGACCCAAGUAAUAAGAAAAAUUUAAAGAAACUUCCUACUGCAAUGGAGAAUAGAAUGUUUGGCCAAAAUUAUAUUGGGUUUCGUAGAUUGGGAAAAAAUGUAUUUCAAGAUACUAAUAGAGAUUGUAGAAAAAUCAAGCCUCGCUGUAAUUCUACUGUUUGUAUUAAAUCAAAGGAAUGCAAUAAACUAACUGAGGAAGACAGAUUGGAUUUGUUUAAUUGCUUUUGGGUAACAACUUGGGACGAAAAAAAGACUUACAUUAUAAAUUUAGUAACACAAGAAGAUACCAAGAGAAAGACUACAGGAAAAUAUGAAGUAAAAAGUAGACGAUCUUCAUCAUACCAGUAUCAUUUAAGAGAUAUUAAUGAAACGAAAAUUCGUGUAUGUAAAAAAAUGUUUUUGGCAACAUUAGAUUUAAACGAAUGGAUGGUUCACAACUGGCUAAAAAAAUCUUAUAACCUAUCACCUAAAGUAUAUAAAAAAAAUGUCAAAAAUAAAGAUCCUGAAACUAAUGAACAAAUUAACAAAAUUGCAUUUACAGUAAGGUAUGAUCAUUUCAUUAAGUGGUUUGAUAAACUUCCAAAAAUGGAAAGCCACUAUUGUAGAAAAAGAACUAAACGGCUUUACUUAGAAGGACCAUUUGAAUCAAAGCAACAAUUAUACAGCUUGUAUGUCCAAGAAGCAAAACAUGUAAAAUAUACACCAGUAAGUAGAGCAUGCUUUAACAAAUUUAUGAAAUCAAAAAAAUUUUCCAUCUUUAAACCCAGGAAAGAUCAAUGUGACCUGUGCUGUUCAUAUAAAACAAAUCAAGUAACAGAAAAUGAGUAUCAGGAACACAUAUUAAAUAAAGAUCUAGCCAGAGAACAAUUAAAAAGUGGUACUGAAAAAGUAAAUAACCAAGAAAACUACACUUUCACUAUGGACGUUCAGGCAGUUAAAUUGUGUCCAGCCAUGAAUGCUAGUGCAUUAUAUUACUCAAUGAAGCUCAAAGUUCACAACUUCACAAUAUAUAAUGUUAACAACGAACACCAAUGUCACAACUGUUGGUGGAAUGAAUGUGAGGGAGAGUUAGAUGCAUCAGUUUUUGUGAGUAUUCUGUUAUCUCAUCUUGAAACCUAUUGUAUUAAUAUUGACCAAGAAAAAAAAAUAUUAUUCUGUUUUCUGAUGGAUGUGGCUAUCAAAAUCGCAAUUCUAUUUUAUCAAACGCACUUUUAAAUUUUUCUGUCCAACAU